AUGCUUGAUCAAGAGAAACAAGAGCAACAAGAACAACAACAAGAACCAGGGAGUGUCGCAGCACAGGCCCGGAAAAAGUCACCAUCAUUCCACUUUUCAAUCCUGCUUCUCGGGCUCAUUGGAUUCCUUGUGGCGCUCGAUGCCACCUCUUUAGCCACAGCGAUUCCGGUCAUAGGAAACGAGCUGGAUGGCACAACGAUUGAGUCUUUCUGGGCCGGUAUUGCCUUUACACUCGCAGUGGCCAUCACACAGCCUGUAUACUCGAGUGUCUCGGACGUGCUUGGUCGCAAGAUACCAUUAUAUGCCGGACUUUUUUUCUUCACCAUCGGUUCCAUCGUCUUCUCCUCAGCCAAAAGUAUGGGUAUCGCCAUCCUGGGUCGGAUCCUGAUGGGUCUCGGCGGCGGAGGCCUGGAUGUGCUGCAGGUCAUCAUCCUCUCAGACGUGACAACCCUCAGGGAACGCCCGCUCUACAUGGCGGUCAACGCCGUCUUCAAUGCCACCGGAGCUGUCCUCGGUCUCAUAUUGGGCGGCACGUUUAGUGAAUAUGUCACCUGGCGCUGGCUGGGCUGGUUCAACCUCCCCUUCCUCGCCAUCUGCUUCUUGCUCACCUUUGUCUUCCUGAACAUCAAGGCCAUCAAUUCAGACCUCCGUCAGAAGCUCGAGCGCCUGGACUGGAUCGGCAUGCUGCUGUUCGCUACUGGCGGCACGUGCCUGGCCUUGCCAUUGUCCUGGGCCAAUGCCCUUUUCCCUUGGUCUGCAUGGCAGACACUUUUCCCGUUGAUCAUAGGCCUGCUGCUCCUCGGCAUCCUGGGUUGGUACGAGGGCAGACCUGCAUCGCCAGUCUUCCCCUAUCGCAUAUUCAGCACGAGAACCGCCAACGCGGCCCUAAUUUCUGGCACCAUCCACGGCUUGCUCAUGUACACCAUCUCCCAGUACCUACCUCUCUUCUACGAAGCCGUCUAUCUCCACACACCACUGGAAACAGGCAUAGCAACACUGCCAUACUGUGGCGUGACGAUCGUUUUCAGUGCCAUCUCCGGGGUCGUCGUCAUCAAGAUCCGCCAGUACCGGUUGGUUCUCUGGGUCGGGUGGAUUUUAAGCACAAUCUUCAUCGGCCUGCUCUAUCUGGUGCGCGAAACCACGUCCACCACGGAGGCCUAUAUCUACCAAGCGUUCAUGGGCGUCGGCGUCGGUACGGUCCUGACAGUCACGGCCUUCCCUACACAAGCUAGUGUCAGCCAUGUCGACGACGUAGGUAUUGCGGCCGGGAUGCUGGUCAUCUUUCGCCUCUUUGGAGCACUGCUGGGGUUGACCAUGGCGUCGACAGUGUUCAGCUCCGUCUUUCAGCAGAGGAUGAACGCUGUUACCGCGGCCAUGACACUGCCUGAUUCUCUGGAGGUUCUUAAAGACGCAAGCCAGGCUGUUGGUUUCAUCCCGCACCUGCGGGAACUGUCUGGGGUGGUGUCUUGGGAAACGAUGAGUGCGGUAAUUGCCGUCUACACGCGCUCCUUUCAAGUUGUCUGGCUGGUCUUUACGGGGUUUUUUGUUGUUGGGUUUGCUGUCUCACUUUCUAUUCAAGAGCUGUCCAUGGAAAAUGAUGAUGUGGGUAGACAAGGACUGGCACAGUAA